UGUGUUUGAUUAGCAAGCUAGAAUUAUGUUAACAUGAAAUGAUUGAAACAUGUUUUUCGUCAUUACAUGAUUCAUUCUUGUUCAUAAUAGCUGAUUUGAAGAAAAUGCAGAUCAAUCAGAAACAUAUAUAUCAAUCCAAUGAGAAGUGGAUUAAUCAAGACAAUGACUGUUGUACUGUGAGCUAUUGCGCAUGCUCGUUCCCGCCCAUGACCGACCGGAUGACACGGACUGAUACGGACGACUAGCACUUGCUCCAUAUUUAUCGUAUAGCAUCCUUCAAUUUACGAGAAAUACAUCAGAAAAGUAGCUGUCCCCCUGCUCAGAUUUUUGUCUGCUGAUACCUUUAGCCUCACAUGUGACCUGACCUCUAUGUGGCAGUGCAGACAUUGUGUAACCAGAGAGACUAGCAGGUACAAAUUACUGAAACAUUAUAAACUACAUCAUCAUUAUGGGAGAGGCCAACAAUAUCAAUGCAUAUAUGUAAAUUGUCCUUGCACAUUCAGGACGUGGACUGGACUCCGAACCCAUGUCUAUAAAGCUAAUUCAUUCCAACCUACACAGACUGCGUUGAAUUCAGUAACAUUUAAAUGUGAGGUAUGCGGACGUAGUGACCUCUCUACUGAGAGGGAUUUUUUUGUUCACAUUGGGACACAUCUGCGAAGUUGUGAGACGGUUGGUUGUGUAUUUCUUGGAUGCUCUUUCCAAACCAAUAUUAAUAGUACAUUUAACACUCAUAAAAAGAGAAAGCAUCAUCCACACACACUGCAAGAUUUUAAAACCAGUGUGAUUAAGUUUGUGAACCCCGUUGAAGGACCGGUUGCCUCUGACGGUGUUGGGACUGGCUAUCCAGCUGAUGUGUCAUUUGAUGAAGUUGAGGCUGAGACAGUGACAGUAAAGGAAAUUGGAGCUGUGGAAAAUCUGCCAGAAGUUAUUGAGCGGAAAAUAGCAGCAAUAUUGUUAAAAUUAGAACAUAUAUUUCAUAUUCCUGCAAAAGGUGUGGAUGAGUUACUGGAAGAGUUGCAUUUUCUAAGUUCAGCUAGUGUACCUGUCACAAAGCAUACAAUUACAGAAAUCUUCAAGAGCCAUAACCUCAAUAUUGGUCCGGCAGUUGUCGAAGAACUUGCUAAUUCUGUAUUCGUCUCUAACCCUGUCUCUAAAAGUUUUGAAAGGUCUGGCCCUCUUGCCACAUCCUAUAAAAGAAAAAAAUAUUACAAGGUUCAUUUUAGAGUUGUUGAAGCGAUAGUAUAUUUUAUCUGUGGAACAAAGGAGGUCAUUUCAAUAUGUCCCAUUAUUACAGUUAUUGCAGGAAGUACUGAGUCACAAUAAAAUAGUGAAUAAAGUGAUUGAAGAACACACUGGUCAAAUAAAUAGAGAAGCUUUGCAUGGUGAUCAACGAGUUUACAGGUCUUUUCGAGAUGGUGAAAAUUACAAAACAAAUAGCUUUCUAGCUGUUGAUGAGUUGAGAUUUUCCAUAAAACUUUACAUCGACGAAUUUGAGGUUUGUAAUCCUCUUGGGACCUCUCGCAAAAAGCACAAGCUUUGUGGGGUGUAUUGGGUUUUGGACAAUUUGCCGCCCGGCUCUCAUUCUGCUCUCUCAUCAAUUUAUUUAGCUGUUCUUUGUAAAAGUGACGAUUUGAGGAAAUUCGGUUUCAAAGAAGUUUUGGAUCCACUUUUGAAAGAUCUGGUAAUUCUGGAGGAGCAUGGUUUGUUCAUCAGUCAAUUGAAUAAGUGUAUCAAAGGCACUGUGAGUUGCGUAAUAGCUGAUAACCUAGGUGCCCAUGGCCUGGCAGGUUUUGUAGAAAGUUUCUCUGGUGAAUACAUCUGUAGAUUCUGUACAGCUAAGAAAACAGAAAUUCAGUCAUUGACAGCUGGUCGUUUUGAGCGCAGAACGCUGGAACUUCAUGAUGCACACUUAAAGUGUGCACUGGAAAAGGCAAGUGCAUACUGUGGUGUUAAACGUGAAUGUGUUCUGAGCAAGGCUCUGUCACAUUUUCAUCUUACUGCAGGUUAUCCUCCAGAUCUUGCCCAUGAUCUUUUUGAGGGCAUUAUACCUGUAGAGCUAGCUCAUUGUUUUUCUCUUUUGAUUUCAAAAAAGUAUUUCACUUUAGAAAAACUUAACAAUUUGAUCAAAACUUUUGAAUAUAAAUGGGCAGAUAAAACAAAUCGUCCUGCUGCAAUACCACAGACUUUCUCGGUAAAAAAAAGCAUUGGUGGAAAUGCACACGAGAAUUGGGCUCUGCUUCGAUUGUUGCCUCUGAUCAUUGGUCCACUUGUUCCGGAGGAUGAACCUGUAUGGCAUGUUGUUUUGGAUCUAAAGGACAUAGUGGAGCUUGUUGUAGCCCCUGUCCACUCUGAUGA